UCCACACCACGCACGCGUCACGCAGGCACACAAUAAAUGCAUUCAGCAAAAGCACCUGCAUGGUUGGACGGAUCGCAAGGAGAUCCUCUGAGGGAGCAGAUCCAGGUGGUGGUUAUUCCGGUUUUAGGGCUGGAGCUGGCCAGGCGCGCUAGGCGAAGCAAUCGCGGCGCGGGUGCGGGCUGGGUGUCUGGCUGGCAGGCGGCAGAAAUUAAAGAUCUGGUAAUGCAAGGCUCUUUAUAAUGCACUUCAAGGAGGAAGGCAUGAGCCACUUUGAGGAGAGGAGAGAGCAAAGUUCAGAGGCUUGAGAGAUAACUCGAAAAUGUUUAGCCGGUCCGGAUACCAAGCCCUCCCUCUGGGAGAUAUUGAACAGCUUCAGCAAUCAAGCAACUGGCUGAAUGAUCCUCAAAGGGGUUUCCUUUCACCUGGGCACACAUGGAACCCACUGGAACAAGUGCAGAAGGGAUCAGAUUCACCCCAAGGGUGCUUGUCGUGGGUUUGCCAUGGGAUGGUCACCGCCUUUGUGUUCCUCAUCACAGCCCUUCUCUUCCCCAUCUCUGGCUGGUUUGUUCUGAAGAUAGUUCCGGCUUAUGAGCGAAUUACUGUGUUCCGUUUGGGGCGGAUCCGAGCCCCCCAAGGACCAGGCGUGGUUUUGCUGCUGCCCUUCAUCGAUCACUGGCAACCAGUGGAUCUACGGACACGGGCCUUCAGCAUCCCACCAUGUAAGGUUAAAUCCGCUCCUGGCAAUACCGCAAAAAAUGCGAUUUGCCUUUUAAAAUCGGGAAUCAUCCGCUGUGCCUUCAGGAGCUGGGACACAAUACGGCGGACUUUACAGCUGAUGGGCGUUUCCAGUUCUUGGGCGUUUCCCGUGCCCCUUCUCCUCAUUCCAGCCAAUCACCUAACAUCCAGAGAUGGUGUGCUGGUGUCUGUUGGGGCUGAUGUCCAGUUCCGAGUUUGGGAUCCAGUGCUUUCAGUCAUGAUGGUGAAAGAUCUCAACUUAGCCACCCGGAUGACUGCUCAGAAUGCCAUGACCAAGAUAUUGCUUAAGAAGUACCUACAGGAGAUUCAGACAGAGAAACUGCGGAUCGGAGACCAGCUCCUGCUGGAAAUCAAUGACAUAACCAAAUCUUGGGGCCUCGAGGUGGACAGGGUGGAACUGAUACUGGAAAGUGUGCUCCAGAUGUCCCAAGAGAAUAUCACACGACCACCAGGCUCAGUGCCUCCAAUCCCUGGACUGGAAGAGCUGGAUAGCACCAUUCAGCAGCUUGCUCUUCAUUUCUUCGGCAAGACCCUAGUGACUGCAGCCACCAACUCAAAUGGAGUUCUUGAGACAGCCAAACGUGUGGAGGUAGCGAAAGAAGUGGAGCAGCCAUCCUCUACUAUCAGCACUGAGCCAAGCAGCAGCAGUGAAGGACGGGAGUUUAAUGCCAAGGAGCACCUGUUCGCUGUGGAGCGGUACUUGUCUGAAUCCUUAGUUAACCAGGUCAGAGCUUGCUACCAGAUCAACAUUCUGCUGCCCAGUGGAGCCCAGACUACUUAUUUCAUUGAUCUCUCUGCAGGACGUGGACGAAUAGGCCCAGGGCUACCAGACCGCAGUCCCGAUGUGGUAUUGGAGAUGGCCGAGAAUGACCUGGAGGCUUUCAUCCUAGGUGAACUCCACCCCCUGAAUGCCUACGUCUGUGGGAGGCUGAGGGUACAGGGAGAUCUGAACAUAGCCCUGAAGCUGGAAGAGCUCUUUAAGGUGAUGAAACAACGAAGAUGAACAAACCCUGUUUGGCACUAUGAGUUGGUUCGGAAUACUGCAGCCAGACUGUUGACCAGACCCAGUCAGAGGAACCAUGUGUCUCCCAUGUUUACAAUGAUUUUGCAAGAUCCCCAGUUCAUUUCCAAGCACAACUCUGAAGUGCUGGUUAUGACCCCCCAAAGGCCUAAACUGAGGUCCCUAGCUCGAUGGGAGAGCACCCACUUUGCAUGGAGAAGGGGUGUGGUCUGUUUGUGGAUGGAAGACCCCCUGGGGAAUAAGGGGUGCUCUCUAUAUAUGCCAUCUUCAGUUCUAUCAUGGAAAAAUGGUGUAUAAAUAUUAUAAAGAACAUAUGUUCAAAGA